UCUCCCAGAAUGGUUUCGAAAUGGGGCUUCCAGGCCUUUCUGGAGGGCAGAUGCAAAUGGUGGUUUGGAGUAUGAACAGCUAAAAGGAUUUAUAACUUAUGUAAAAUGCAUUUCGUGGGAACUCGUGAAAAAACUUUUGAAAGAUUGAUGGUUCAUCUUGAUUGAAAAAGUAUGGGUAAGCCACUCAGCAGGCCAGACUGUUUAAGGCGGAACCCCACCUGUCUGGGGAAAGGAGACGAGGAGGAUGGCUACAUAGAGGACUGCUAUGUUCCACAGCGAUCUAUAUAUGAUACAAUGAGGAUAAAUGAGCAAAUUGACCAGGGGUCAAAGCUUCACCAGACUUCAAAAAGCACCAUGGAAAAGAUGGAAGGAAGUACUAUAUCCAGCAAUGGUACAUUAGGAGUAGCAUCUAAUGUGUUUGAAUCUAGAGCACCAGAAGGUAAGAAGCUGGAUGAGAGGAUAAUAUUUGAUGCACUAAAGCUAAGCAGUGAUGUGCAGAAGUCAGCACCUGUGCCACCCAGAAGGCGGCCAAAUGCAGAACGCAAAGACAAUGUUAACAGGAGAUCGUGGAAGUCCUUUAUGCCACCCAACUUCCCAGAAUUUGCAGAGAGGAUGGAAGCUUCUCUCAGUGAGGUUUCAGAAGCUGGUGCUUCAAAUCCUUCCUUGCAAGAGAAGAAGGAGUCAAGUUCUGCAUUAACAGAAAGUUGUGGUCAUUUCGACCACAGGGAACCUCAGUCAGAGUCAGUAACUCUGGAGCAUGUGUCCAAAUCCAUAGGUAUUCCAGAGGUGCACGAUGUAAAAAACUUAAGUGGAGACUGCCAGGACUUUAGAUUUCAGCAGCACAGUGCAAACUCUCCCCAUGAAUUCCAGUCUCUAGAAUCAGAAGCUGCAGCAGCAAGUGGUAACACAGAUGUAAUGCAGGAAUCCAGAUUCUCAAGUGCAACCUGGCCAAGGGCCACAAAAAGUUUCACUAAGGGAGGUUUUAGUGAGAAGCAGCACCCCCUUGGGGACACAGCCUGCACUGUGGAAAUGCCACCUCUCUCCCCUUGCCUGAGUGAAGAGCUGUUAGAUCCAGAAUUGCAUGUUCUCGUAACCCCCAGCCUGAGAGAGAAAACGGAGUCUGAGCUAAAGUUUGAGGAGGAUGAGCGAUGGAUCAUGAUGGAGGCUGAGGGGGAGUGGGAGGAAGAUAAACUGUCAGAGAGGGAAAAGACUUUUCUGAUGGCAGAUGAGAAGAACAGCCUGGCAGAUACUUUUGAAGAAAGAGAACAAGCAAACACAGCAGUGGUGGAGGAUGGAUCCGAUUGCUUAGCUGCUGUCUUGAGGACUUUUGGCCACCCAUCUCUUGGUCAGAUUUGUUGCCCUGAUGACCCUCAGCCAGCCAAGGACCAGUUGGCUACCGUUCCCAAGGAUAUACCCCUGGAUUGCGAUUGUGUUCUUACAGGUGAGGGUGUUCUCGGUGAGGUGGCAAACAGAACUGCUCAGGAGCUAGGGGGUCUUGUUUCAGAUUCAGCAUGUACUGUGGGGGUUGUUGAUGCAGAGCACCUCUCUGACACAGACUCAGUGCAGAUGUUUCUCGAACUUGAAAAGGAGUGUUUAUGUGAAGAAGGAGUAACUCCUCUAGUUGAGCUACAGAAUCAAACCUCUUCUGAAGGGCUGGCCACAUCCCAGGAUGCAGAAACUUUGCUUGUAAUUCGUUAUUUUCCAGGGGCUGCCUUAGAAAAGGAACAACAUUUAGGCCUUUUACACGUAAGGGCAAGAGACUAUGAUUCUGGACUGGAUUGUGGAUAUUUUAAUACCCUGGAUUCUUCUCAGGUGCCUAAUGCUGUGGAACUUAUUGCCCACAUUGAUAACAUGAGAGACACUUCCACUGUUAACAAGGAGGAAUGUGAAAAAGUGCCUUUUAGCCCCAGGACUGCAGAAUUUAAGUCCAGACAGCCAGCUGAUCUGGAUUCACUGGAAAAGCUGGAUCCAGGAGGACUGCUGAACUCUGAUCACAGGGUUUCUCAUGAAGAAAAAUUAUCAGGCUUCAUUGCUUCUGAGCUGGCCAAAGACAAUGGCAGUUUGUCCCAGGGAGACUGCAGUCAAACUGAGGGGAAUGUUGAGGAGUGUACUGAGAGGGUCACCUUUAGUUUUGCUUUUAAUCAUGAACUAACAGAUGUUACCUCAGGACCUGAAGUAGAGGUGUUAUAUGAAUCACAUUUGCUAACAGAUGAGAUUCAUUUGGAAAGUGAGAAUGUAAUUGUUAAUCAAGAAAAUAACAGUCUGACAUCCUUGGGAAAUGUGGAUGCUUGUGCAUUCUCUGUGGAGAAAGUUUGUGAUGAGGAUGGUGAGACAAAAAAGCUGGAUUAUCAAGCCACACUUUUGGAGGAUGGAGCCCCGGCACAUUUCCACAGAAACUUACCAGAGCAGUUCUUUCAAGAUCUCCAGAGGAAGUCCCCAGAGUCAGAGAUUCUGAGUCUGCACCUGCUGGUUGGAGAACUGAGACUUAAUCCAGAUAGAGUGGAAACUGUGAAUGAUACAAAGCCUGAGCUGGAUGUGGCAUCAUCAGAGGGAGGGGAGAUGGAAAGGAAAGAUUCUGAUUCAUUCCUAAAUAUUUUUCCAGAGAAACAAGUUACCGAGGUUGGUAAUACUGAACCAGUUUUAGAGGAAUGGAUACCCAUCCUCCAGAGGCCUUCCGAGACUGCUGCAGUGCCCACUGUAGAAGAUGCCCUAGAUGCUGCGCUGCCCAGCCAAGAGAAGGAUAUCUCAAUUGCUGUAGUGCUUUCCUCAGAGGGGCCUGCCCCCUCAGCUGCUGCAGUGCCUGCCCCAGAGGGAACUGCUAUAGCUGCUGCUAUAGUGCCCUUCCCACAUGAGGACGUCCCAGUUGCUUCAGUAGUCUCCUUAGAGGAGGAGGAUGUCACAGCUGCUGCAGUAUCAGCCCCAGAGAGGACUACUGUCCCAGUUGCUGCAGUGUCCUCCCCAGAGGAGACUGCUCCAGCUGUUGCAGCAGCCAUCACACAGGAGAAUGUAUCAGCUGUUGCAGGGUCCUCCCCAGAGUGGACUGCUCUAGCUAUUGCCAUUACAGAGGAGGAUGAUACACCAGAAUGGCCUGUCACCCCAGCUACCACAGUGCAUGCUCCAGAGGAGCCUGAUACUCCAGCUUUUAGAGUGUCCACCCCAGAGGAACAUGCCACCCUAGCUGCUGCAGUGAUCACCCCAGAGGAACAUGCCACCCCAGCUGCUGCAGUGCUCCCCACAGAGGAACAUGCCACCCCAGCUGCUGCAGUGCUCCCCACAGAGGAACAUGCCACCCCAGCUGCUGCAGUGUCUAUCCCCGAGGAGCCCGCCUCUCCAGCUGCUGCAGUGCCCACCCCAGAGGAAUCUGCCUCCCUAGCUGCUGUAGUGCUCACCCCAGAGGAACAUGCCACCCCAGAGGAAUCUGCCUCACCUGCAGCUGUGGUGGCCACUCCAGAGGAACUCACUUCCCUGGCAGCUUUAGUGGUCAUCCCUGAGGAGCCCACCCUAGAGGAACCCACCUCCUCAGCAGCUACAGUGCUCACCCCAGGGGAACUCACUUCCCCAGCAGCUUCAGUGUCUACUCCUGAGAAGCCCGCCUCCCCAGCAGCUGCAGCGCCCACCCCUGAGGAGCCCGCCUCCCCAGCAGCUGCAGCGCCCACCCCUGAGGAGCCCGCCUCCCCAGCAGCUGCAGCGCCCACCCCUGAGGAGCCCGCCUCCCCAGCAGCUGCAGUGCCUCCUAUGGAGGAAGUUUUCCCCAUUGGUGUGCCCCUUCUGGGAGUUUCUGCCCACACUGAUUCACUGCCUAUUUCAGAAGAAGGAAUUCCUGUUCUAGAGGAGGCUUCCUCCACUGGAAUGUGGGUCAAGGAGGACUUUGAUCCCCCAGCAUUUGGCAUAAAAGAGGUGACCAGCACAGUGCUACAUGGGAAAGUGCCUCUGACUACAACCACCGGAUUAAAUUCAGAUGAGGUAAUAGUUGCCCAUUUUGAUGCUGAGAAGGGUCUAGAGAGUAAAGUGAGAUUUGCAAGGCUGACUUGA